CCCAACCACCCAACUAUCUCUCCCCAAAAACUUAAAAAACGCGUUUUUGCUUCCCUCUUUCGGCUUUGUAAUGUUCUUUUCCGACUCUUGUCCCCCUUUCUCUUCCAAAUAUAAACCCCACAAUUCUUCCUUUCAACCAUAUUAACCCACCACCACCACUCUCCUUCCUCCUCCUCCAUGGCUCCUCUUACACUCCACUCCAACUGUUUCAUCGUCUUCCUCCUCUUCAUCAACUCCUUCUCCUUCUCCUUCUCAAUUCAGAACACCCCAUUAAACAACUCUCUCUCCUUCUCUCUCUCUUACCUUCCUCUCUCUCACAAAUCCGCUGCAACUAAGCUUCUACGCAAUUCCCUCCCUCAAUCAACACCAUCAUCGACGUCGAAUCCCAAUCACAAGCUAUCGUUCAAGUAUUCAAUGGCUCUGGUUGUUUCUCUUCCAAUCGGAACUCCACCACAAGCGCAACAGAUGGUUUUAGACACCGGUAGCCAGUUAUCAUGGAUCCAGUGCCACAACAAAACCCCUACGGCGUCGUUUGAUCCGUCUCUCUCGUCCUCUUUCUCUAUCCUCCCCUGUAAUCACCCUAUUUGUAAACCACGAGUUCCCGAUUUUACCCUCCCCACCACUUGUGACCAAAAUCGCCUUUGCCACUACUCUUACUUCUACGCAGAUGGUACUCUCGCCGAGGGUAAUUUAGUCCGAGAAAAAAUUACGUUUUCUCGUUACCAAAGUACCCCUCCUAUCACCCUCGGAUGUGCUACUGCCUCCGACGAGGCCGAGGGUAUUUUGGGAAUGAACCUCGGACGAUUGUCCUUCGCUUCACAAGCUAAAAUUUCCAAGUUCUCUUAUUGUACUCCUACACGUCAAAAUAAUGCCAAAAUUAAACCCUCCGGAGCUUUUUACCUAGGUCAAAAUCCUUACUCCAAAACAUUUAAAUACGUUGACAUUUUGACUUUUCCCGAUAGUCAACACUCUCCUAAUUUUGACCCUUAUGCAUACACCCUCGGGUUAAACGGUAUCCGAAUCGGAGCGAAACGAUUAAAUAUUUCGCGAUCAGUGUUUCGACCGGACGCCGGUGGGUCCGGUCAGACACUGAUCGACUCAGGUACUGAGUACACUUACUUAGUGGACGAAGCGUAUAAAAAGAUCCGGGAAGAGAUUCUCCGACUCGCGGGGUCAAGAUAUAAAAAAGGGUACGUGUAUCGUGGAUCGUUGGAUUUGUGUUUUCAAGGAAAUGCGAUGGAGAUCGGACGGUUGAUAGGGAACAUGGUGUUUGAACUUGACAAGGGUGUGGAAGUAGUGAUUGGAAAAGAGAGGGUAUUGGAUGAUGUGGGCCGUGGGAUUAGUUGCUUGGGGAUCGGACGAUCGGAAGGACUAGGUGUUCCUAGUAAUAUUAUAGGGAAUUUUCAUCAACAAAAUCAAUGGGUGGAAUUUGAUAUUGUGAAUCGAAGAGUGGGGUUCGGUGUAGCUGAUUGUAGCAGAUCAGUGUGAGUAAAGGAAUGCCGGUUCAAAAUGUGGUAAAUAUGGUAAUCGUGUACACGUUUGUAUACGUUUCUUGGAUUGCAUGUGUAAUCUAGUGUGUGCUGUCACACAGGCACUAUAGUGUACUUUUUGUAUAAACACACAAGUAAAUGAAAUCUCCUACUUUUGCUUUGCAUCA